CCCUGGAUUUGGGUGCUUUUGCAAACCGGGAGUUAACCAGGUGCACCGCAAGAGUACUCGUCUGAAACUCCGGAACAUUGAUCUCAGUUUCUUUCGUUUGUCCAAAGCCACGGUCCUUUCCCAACACGUACGCCAAGAGCAUUGUGUGCCCAGAGCCGGUAGUGGCUGAGGAUCUGUCUCUGCUUCGCGACGGACAGUAGAGAGGGAACUUGCUGGGGGCGACAUAGCUCAGGAGCAUGCCCCGCUGCAGGUUGACGGCCCCGGCCCUGGUGACGCUGGUGCUGCUGCAGGGCGUCACCGUGGUGCUCCUCUUUGGCUGGUACGGGCGCCUGCUCCCGUCGGCCAAGCCGCCGCCCGCCGAGGGCAAGGUGCACGUGCUGCUCCUGUCGUCGUGGCGCUCGGGCUCCUCCUUCCUGGGCCAGGUGUUCAGCCAGCACCCGGACGUCUUCUACCUGAUGGAGCCGGGCUGGCACGUGUGGACCACGCUGCGGCAGCCCGGCGCCUGGGCGCUGCGCAUGGCGGUGCGCGACCUGGUGCGCAGCGUCUUCCAGUGCGACCUGUCGGUGCUGGAGUCCUACACGCCGGCGCAGCGCAACGUGUCGCACCUGUUCAUGUGGAGCCACAGCCGCGCCCUCUGCUCGCCGCCCGCCUGCCCGCUCACGCCGCGCGACGCCUUCAGCAACGAGACGGAGUGCAAGCGGCGCUGCGACGCGCGCGGCCUGGGCGGGGCCGAGCGCGCCUGCCGCAGCUACUCGCACGUGGUGCUGAAGGAGGUGCGCUUCUUCGACCUGGAGCCCCUCUACCCGCUGCUGCGCGACCCGGCGCUGGACGUGCGCGUGGUGCACCUGGUGCGGGACCCGCGGGCGGUGGCGCGCUCCCGCGACCAGUCGGCCAAGGCGCUGACGCGGGACAACGCGCUGGUGCUGGAGCGCGGCGACGCGGCGCUGGCCGACCCGCAGUACCGCGUGCUGCAGGAGGUGUGCCGGAGCCACGUGCGCAUCCACGAGACGGCGGCGCUCAAGCCGCCCGACUUCCUGCGCGGCCGCUACCGGCUGGUGCGCUACGAGGACGUGGUGCGCGACCCGCUGGCCGAGAUCCGCGCCGUCUACGACUUCGCCGGGCUGCGCAUGAGCGAGCGCCUGCGCGACUGGAUCUACCGCGUGACGCACGGCAAGGGCAAGGGCACGCGCAAGGAGGCCUUCCAGAUCACCGAGCGCAACGCCGCCGACGUGUCGCAGGCCUGGCGCUCCGCCCUGCCCCACGCCAAGGUGCGGCGCAUCCAGGAGCUCUGCCGCGGCGCCAUGGACGUCCUGGGCUACCGGCCCGUGGAGAGCGAGGAGGAGCAGAGGCAGCUGGACCUGGACCUGCUGCUGCCCCGGCAGGGCUACCGCUUCAGCUGGCUCCCACCCAAAACCGGCCCCCCGCCCCCGCCCCCCGGGGAGUGAAAGGGUUGGGGGGGGGGGAUUGG